AUGGAUCUAUUUAAAAACUGUUUCGACUUCAUGUCGAUCGAUAACAAAGUACUACCUUUCGAGUACCUAACAAAUUUUCUAAUUGUGUCAAAUGGUAGAUUAAUCAGAUAUUGUCCUGAUAAAUACGCCACUGCUAUUCAAAACCAAAACAAAUUUGUCAAAAACAAAGACCAAAUUCUAUUUGAAGAAUUUAAAACAGCCAAAAACAGUUUUAAAAAUAAUUUUAAAAACGUUUCCCAAAUUGUUCCUCGAAUUUUGGAAAAACAAAAAACCUCAAAGGGAGUAAUUUUCCCAACAGAGGUCUAUUGCCAUAUUAACUACAGUAAUUUUAAUAAUAGCUUCAAAUUUAACAAUUUGUACACAUCUUUUACUCACCCACAUUGCCCAUACCCGAGUAAUGAAACACAUCCAAUGCUUGUCAUCUCUGAAGUUAAAAACAUUAGUAUUGGGUCGGAUAUAGAAGAAGUCUACAUUGACUUCAAACAAGACUUUUUAGUUGAUGUUGUUGUGGAUAAAUGUAAAAAAUGUUUUUUCAAAGGAAAUUUUGGAAUUAUCGAAAAGAAAAAUUUGUUGAAAGAGCAAAUUCCGUACUGUACAAAUUAUAUUGCAAAAUCUGUGAUUGUGAGCCGCUCAGAAAUCACUUUUACAGUAAAUUGCAAAGACACUUUGACAAAGUUCACAAAUAAAGUUGUGAAUUUUGUCUGUUUUGAAACGAACGAUAUGGAUAUAUAUGAAAAGUCAAAUAUUACCCUUGUAGUGUAUAUAAUCAGUGACGAUUUGUACACGACAUUUGAGGGUUAUGAAAGCGUUCAAGGGAUUCUUUUAAUGAGUAAAAAAUAUUUAGAAUAUUCAAAUGGAAAUGAUUACGACUCCGUGUAUUACUAUAACAAUAUUAUGAAAGGAAAAACUAAAAAAGGAGGGAAGUACAUUUCUCAUAUGUAUUUUGAAAAUAAUAAAAAUAAUAAAUGUGGAAAUAAUUCAACAAAUUGUGUUAAUAAAACAUAUGCUAUACAAUGUAAAAAUGGCUAUUUUAUGAACAUGGCAGGUAGCUGUAUUAAAAAACAGUUUUGUAAACAAAUAUAUGGCGGAAUUUGUGUCGAAUUGAACGGAUUUUUUCACUACCAAAAACACGAAUUUAAAAAGUCUGACGAAUUAUGUUUAUCUUGUUCGUUUAAUGAGUGUUUUAUAUGCGAGUCAAAUUCAUUUUUAAUUAAUGGAAAAUGUCAACUGAAAGGAAUUGGAGAGAAGAUAGUAUACUCACGUUCUAUAGUUAGUUGUGCGGAUGGGCACUAUAAUAACCAAAACACUUUAUUAAAAUUGUGUCCAGAUCACUUUUUAUUAUCAGAGAAUGGUAAGUACCUUACUUCUAUUACAAAGUGCGCCAUCGCACAAAGUGAUAAUUGUGAAUUGUUAUCACCAAUUGGAUGUCUUCGAUGUGCAAAGGGGUAUUACACUGACAAAGAAAACAAGUGCAGCAAAUGCAACACAAAGUGCACCGAAUGUACAGAGAACUCCGAGAAGUGUCACAGUUGCAUCACAGGCACGGUGCUAUCAAAUGGGAAGUGUCUCACCAUUUUUGCACUUGAAGGGAUUUGUACUUCGUAUGAUGCGAAUGGGCAAUGCUCACAGUGUAUUAAUGGAUAUAGUACUACUAGUGGAACUUGUGUGAAAUGUCCAUAUCCAUGUGUUAUAUGUAAAAACGACCAAAUUUGUGAGAAGUGUGAUAACACGUAUUUUAUGAAUGAAACCGAAGUUUGUGAGAGUGUGUAUGACAUCACAAAUUGUGGCGAAUUAUCAGAGACUUUGGGGUGUUUGAAGUGCUCUGAAGGGUAUUACAAAAGUAAGUUGCGUUGUAUUCAAUGCAAGCAAAACUGCUCUUCUUGUAAUUCAGCAGAUUAUUGUAAUGAGUGUAGUAACAACAUGGUCUUAUCAACUGGUAAAUGCACAGAGCGAUUAUAUAUAGAGCACUGUAUAUUGAUCACCAACUCAAUGUGUAAGAAAUACAACUUUUGGUACGAAUCUAGUACUGACAUGAUAUCUUGUGAUAAAAUAAAUAUGACUAAAAUUCUUCUUAUUGUGAUAUUUGGAUGUAUAUUUUUAUUAAUCAUAUUUACUAUACCAAUGAGUUUUGUUGGAUUAUAUAUUAUACAAAGACAUCAUCUUAAUGUGGAGAGAAAGAAGAAAGGAAUUUCUUCAAUACGGAGUGUUAGAGAACAAAUGAAACCAUUAAUAGACAAUAUAUACACAACUUCAUCUCAAUUGGAUUUUGGUGUUGACUUACCAGUUAAUAGAAUGAGUACAAAAACGGUUAUAUUUGCAAAUAAAUCAAAAUCUAUUGUUAAGCUGCAGUUGGUUUACAUGCACCGUAAAAGUUACAAAAUCACAGUCUCACUAAAAGUCGUCACUUUACGACCAAAAGACGCAUCACUUUCAACGUGGAUUGACGACAGUAGCAUCACAGACAUGAUUGAAAUUUGUCGAGGCGGUGUUGGAAUUAUUUUUAAAGCAACGUACAAAGGGCGCACAGUCGCAGUGAAGAAAAUCAGACAAUUUAAAAAUGUCAAAGACGAUGAGUUCACAACAGAAGUCGACAUUGCAAAUAACGUGCAAAAUACUAACGAAAAAAUAUUACCACAAAAAAUUCGGUACAAAAUUUUAUUGGACGCUACAAAGGGUGUCAACUAUUUACACCUCAAUGGAAUUUUUCAUAGAGACAUCAAGCCAGGAAAUAUUCUUGUUGUUGAAUUAAAUAGUAUAAUUGAAGUCAACGCUAAACUUUCAGACUUUGUUAGUGCAAGAAAUGAAAAUUUGUUAAUGUCAAAUUUGACAUUCACAAAGGGCGUUGGAACACCAAAGUAUAUGGCGCCCGAGUUAUUGAAUGGACAAAAGUACUCAAUUGCUGCAAACGUGUACUCACUUGGAAUUACUUUCUUUGAGGCAUUUACUUGGAAAGACGCUUUUGAAGACAUAAAAUACUUCUUUGAAAUUCCUGAGUUGAUUUCGAAAGGAAAGCGACCAGAUGACAAAUGUUUGAGUUAUAAAGAACGACGUUUACUUGAAGAGAUGUGGGCACAAAAAAUGGAAAGAAAGAAUCACAAGCGAGGAAGUUGUGGAUGUCAUGCAAAAGAUGUUUGA